CCGUAGCCAAUCGCUGAGCCCCGUCCUCGCGGUGAUGGCGGCGGCCGAGGACGCGGCUCCGGUGCGGAAGGAGGGAGCCGGAGAGCGCCCGGUCCCGUCGGUGCCACCGGAUCCCAAGGAGCAGGAACCGGAGCCGGGGGGGGCAGCACCGGGGGGGGGGAUCCCCGGGGCCGCCCCCCCCCAAGCCCGGCCCCGGAGCAGCAGCAUCAUGGUCAGCCCACGGCAGCGAGGGAACCCGGUGCUGCGCUUCAUCCGCAACGUCCCAUGGGAGUACGGGGACGUCGUCGCCGACUACGUCCUGGGGCAGAGCUCCUGCGCCCUCUUCCUCAGCCUGCGCUACCACCACCUUCACCCCGAUUACAUCCAUCAGCGCCUGCGGGAGCUGGGCAGGGGCUUCGUGCUGCGGGUGCUGCUGCUGCAGGUGGACGUGAAGGAUCCCCAGCGAGCUCUGAAGGACCUGGCCAAGAUUUGUGUCCUGAGCGACUGCACGCUCCUGCUGGCCUGGAGCCCCGAGGAGGCCGCCCGGUACCUGGAGACCUACAAAGCCUUCGAGCAGAAGCCCCCGGACCUGCUGCGGGAGCGCCUGGACCACGGCUUCCUGCCCCGGAUGAGCGACUGCUUGACCAGCAUCAGGGCAGUGAACAGGACGGAUGCCCUGAGCCUGCUCAGCACCUUUGGGUCACUUGCAGCAAUGGCGGCCGCCACCAAGGAGGAUUUAUCCCUUUGUCCCGGUGUGGGGCCCCAAAAGGCCAAGCGCCUCUUUGAUGUCCUGCAUGAGCCCUUCCUGCAGACCCCCAAGUGAGCGCCGACCCCGAUCCAUAAUAAAAUGGGCUUUAUCCAUGGAA